AUGGCGAUUCGUGCCGAUGAUUCACUGCUAAAAGAUCUGGAGGAACUGAACAAUAACGUUGUUAAUUUGGAUAUUGCUGAACAGAUGGAACUAGAUGGGAAAUUGCUUGACGAUGUUUUCACGUUGCAAAAAUCGGGGCAGUAUAUUGACCUAAUGAAGAAAGUUGAACAUGACUUAAUUGUGAAUGUUCGUGGUAAAGGUGUUGUUGAGCAAGUUGAUGAGGAUGCUGAAUUUAAGUUUAUAGAAGCAUGUAUUGGUUUAUUAGUUGAUAUUGAUAAGGAGAUUACUAUAAUUCAUGAUUUUAUAUGUGAAAAUUAUCGAUUGAAAUUUCCUGAGUUAGAGUCAAUUGUAGCUCAUCCAAUUGAUUUUGCGCGUGUUGUUAAAAAGAUUGGGAAUAAAAUGGAUGUAAAUUUUGUGGAUUUGGAGGGAUUGUUGCCCGUGGAGAUUAUUGAGGUUGUUACUUAUUCGGCAUUAAGUACAAUUGGUAAGGCAUUAGCAGAAGAUGUUUUCUAUAAGACAAUAGAAGCGUGUAAUAGAGUGCUUGCUCUUGAUUCUGCAAAGAAAAAGGUUGUUGAUUUUGUAGAAAAUCGUAUGGGAUAUCUUGCUCCUAAUCUUACUGUUGUUUUCGGGAGUGUGGUUGCUGCGAAACUUGUGGGUGCUGCUGGUAGUCUGUUGUCCUUGGAAAAAAUGUCUUGUGAUGAUAUUGAGCUUCUUGUCGCUGACUUGAAGAAUUUACCACCAUUCCCUCCCCUUGAACCUUAUUAUGUUGGUCCGUUAGGAGCAGGUUAUAUUAAUCAAUGUGGAUUGUUUAAGGGUACACUUCCUGACUUUAGGAUCCAAACCUAUCAACGGUUAGCGAAAAAAAUGUAAAUUAGCUGCCCAUAUGGACUCGACUAGAGGAGAACCUACUGGAGAAUAUGGAAGAUCUCUUAGGGAGGAGAUACUUCAAGUGAUAGAGGAAUGGAAAAAACCUUGUCCUGUUACAGUUCCAGAUCCUACUGAAUCUGAGCCGUAUAAGAAAAGGAGAGGUGGCCGUGGUCCUGGCCGUUUUCUUUCCAUAAGGAAGAAACCUACAUAUAAUUUCAUGAAGCUAGUUAAUAAUAUGAUCUUUGGAAUACCUGAAAACCCUAAGGAGGGUUAUGGUAUGCUUGGUCAGGUUGGAAGUGGUGGCGCAGACACAAUGUCAAGUUCUUUCAAGCUAUCGAAUUCCGGAAAGCAGCUUGCUGGCAGCGGAAUUCAAAGCAACUAGUGAUCUGAGGCUGCAACUUUUGCGAAGAUUAAUUAAAUAUUGUUUGAUAGAUUGGCCGUGGCUGGGGCAAGUAAACUAGCAGUAGCUGUUACUUUUAGUUCUAUCUGUUUUUAGCAAAUACUCUAGUGAUUUCAAGCAAUUUGUAUAAUUUAUGAAUUAUUAUGUCCUUGGGCACUGGAGAAUGAAGUUGGUAUUUAUUUCCUUGCAA